GGUUCAGCCUACCAUAUAUUCGAGUUCCGAAGAAUUUGUUUUUAGCCCUGGAAAUAUUAUUCAGUUGUUAUGUACGCUUUAUUUUCUCCCCAGUUAUAGUUUUUUAACGUUUAACAAAGACUUCAUUAGCUCGAAUAUGCUGACACCUUUACUGUCCAUAUUUCUCUGUUGCGUUAAAUAGAACCACCUGUCAUUUUAAUAAACUAGCUAGCUUGUACGGUUGUUUACCACAGGAAAGCAAGUGUUGUUUUCGUUUUUAGGAUCAUUAAUGGCAACUCGGCAACAUUUCACAGACACGGAUACUGCGGAUGAAGCAGUCAGGGCGACGUGUGAUGAUGCGACCACCUGCAAAAGGUUUGCAACCAGUAAAGGCUACUGGAAGGACCCAUAUAUCCAGUACUUUGUGAGAUCUGUAGGAGAGCGAAAAGCUCCAGAAAUCAACAGAGGGUACUAUGCCCGGGUUCAAGGGAUGAACCUCCUCCUAGACGCCUUUAUAAAGAAAACAGAAUGUGACUGUCAAGUAAUCAACCUGGGUGCCGGACUGGACACCACAUUUUGGAGACUAAAGGAUGAAAACCUUAUGCCACGGAAGUUCUUUGAAGUUGACUUUCCCACUAUUGUGGCCAGAAAAAUACACUAUAUAAAGACAAAACCACCCCUGUCCAAACCCAUCAUUGAGGCACACUCGACAGACUCCUUAGUGCUAGAUGCUCACAGUCUUGACUCAGAUCGGUACUGCAUCAUUGGAGCAGAUCUCAGAGACAUCUCCAACCUGGACGAAAAACUGAAGAAGUUCCAGCUCAACCCAGAAUUACCAACACUGCUUUUAUCAGAGUGUGUGCUGGUCUACAUGACACCAUCGCAGUCCUCCAAUGUCGUUCGCUGGGCAGCAGAAACCUUUCACACUGCCAUGUGUAUAAACUACGAACAGGUGAACAUGAGUGAUCGCUUUGGCCAGGUGAUGAUUGAGAACCUUCAGCGUCGCCAGUGCACCCUGGCAGGAGUAGAGACCUGCCAAUCACUCGACUCUCAGAAAGAGCGGUUUCUGAGGACUGGCUGGGAGCAUUCAAAUGCUCUAGAUAUGAUGACGGUCUACAGUAUGCUGCCUCAGGAUGAUGUGGAAAGAAUGGAGCGUUUAGAGUUCCUGGAUGAAAGGGAGCUGCUCCAGCAACUUCUUCAACAUUACAGCAUCUGCUGGGCCACCAAGGAUAAACUCAAUCUGGGGCUGUCACAGUUGGCCUUUUGAGCAUAAAACCCCUUCAUCGUCCGACACGAGUUUGCCAAAAUCAACAGAAGAUGAGGGAAAAGGAGACACUGGGAAAGAAACCCUAAGUUUCUCCAUCAAGUUCUCAUCAGGGAGCCAGUCUGGUGUGAAAAAGAUAAAACAAGAUGAGGUUUGUCACAACACCAACGUUUCAAGUGUAAAAUGAAAAGAAAAUUCUUUGUGCUUCAAAAUUGUCGUCUAAAAAAAUCUGUAUCAAUGUUGGCAAAUAAAGAUUGGAGCAUGUUUGAAGA